AAAUUGACUGCGCCGUGCACAGCCCUUGAAUAAUAAUCACACAUAUCUGCCGAACCAUAAAUUGACUCUUGCUGAUCCACGCUCCUGCCUCCCCCAAUCCUACGUGUCCAUCCACCACUUGCUCCUCCAUUAUUAGCCAUGAUGGGCCUAUUCAACCACGCAGCCUCGAAGGUGCAGCGUCCACGCGGUUCCUCACUGGAGGACAAAAUCCCUGAGGAUACUGAGCCGGACGACACAUCGAUCUUGGAUGAGCAGGAAGGGUCUAUCAUAUCGUCUCUUAUCUCGCAGCUCAGGGUGGGCAUGGACCUGCACAAGGUCACCUUCCCGACAUUCGUGCUGGAGCCAAGGAGUAUGCUAGAGCGUAUUACGGAUUUCAUGUCUCAUCCUGAUCUCAUCUUCGGUGCGGAGAACUGCGAAGAGCCCGAGGAACGUUUCAUACGCGUGUUGCAGUACUAUCUUGCUGGCUGGCACAUCAAACCAAAGGGCGUGAAGAAGCCAUACAAUCCCGUUCUUGGCGAGUUCUUCCGCUGUCGAUACGACUAUCCCGAUGGCUCAAGGGGAUUCUACAUCGCUGAACAAGUCUCGCAUCACCCGCCCGUUUCCGCGUUCUACUACAUCUCUCCUGCAAAUAAGUUGGUAAUACUCGGCGAGCUGCGACCCAAAUCCAAGUUCUUGGGCAACAGCGUGUCUACGGUGAUGGAAGGCGAGAAUCGCGUCCUGCUCAUGGGCAGGCCGGAUGACGGCGAGUACGUGGUCUCCAUGCCGAACAUGUACGCCCGAGGAAUCCUCUGGGGCAAGAUGGUGCUCGAGCUUGGCGACCAAUGCACCGCGCGCAACGACCGACUCGGUCUCAACGCCGACAUUCAGUUCAAGACCAAGGGAUACUUCUCCGGCACGUACAACGCCAUUUCUGGCCGUAUACGUCGCGCGACAAACAACACCGAGCUCGGUGAUAUCUCUGGCAGAUGGAGUUCCCUCAUGGAGUUCAAGCCCACCAAGGGGGAGAAGCGGACGUUGUUUGACGUGCAAAAGGACGGACAGAAGAUUGCUCCGAAGUGGGUAGCGCCAGAAGAGGAGCAGGAGCCGAAUGAGUCUCGUUGCCUCUGGUCGAAGUUGACGGCUGCGAUCUUGGCCAAGGACAUGGACCGUGCCACAGAGGCGAAAACUGCCGUUGAGGAGUCCCAGCGCGAUCUUAGGCGGCAUCGGGAGGAGAACGCGGAACCAUACAUUCCGCGUUUCUUCGCCCAGAAUAAGGACGGUCGCUGGAUUCCUAAGUUUGUGGUACCGUCUGAUCCAGUCGUGGCAGAGAAGGAAGUGCAGGAGUGGAUCUGGUCACCGCCUCCGGCUCAAGAUAAGGCGUAGUCUUAGAGGGAUGAAAAACAUAGAUUCUACAGAUGGACUCUUCUCGGCGAUGGGUAGUAUUCAUCGGUCUGGUUUGCUGAUCACGCUAGUCUUAUUGUAGUCGUGUGCUCCGUCAGCUGUCUCUUGUAUCGUCAAGCUCAAAUUAAUGUGCAAUAUAUUCCAAUGUACAAUGCAG